CGCUUCGCGUCCUCGAUGCUGUGUUUUGCGUUGCUUCAGCUGUACCGGCGCAGCCACUUCCCUUUCCAGUCUGGCGGCUCCACCGGCCAGCGCUGUCCCCGUGCCACUGCCUCCUCUCUCGGCAUCCGAGGCCGCAUCCGUUGGCGCUGUUUUCAAGCUGCCUUCCGCCAGCUGCCGACAGCCGCACUAGCCUCGGGGAAGGGCGGGCGUCAGACUGCGGAAUCCUCGCCGUGUCAAGUUGGUGGGCGCUGCUCAUUUUCACAUUUACCGGAUACUGCAGCCGCGGCGGUCGUCGCUCUUCUCGGCAGCAACAUGAACGCGUGGGCACUGGAAACCGGCUCGAAGCUGCCGCCGCUUGUUCCCGGCAAACUGCGGCUGUACAGCAUGAGGUUCUGUCCGUACGCCCAACGGGCACUCCUGAUGCUCAAAGCCAAGGGUCUGGACCACGAAGUGGUCAACGUGAACCUGCUUAAGAGGCCCGAGUGGUACAACGACGUGCUUCCCGCCGGUACUGUACCGGUGCUCUACCAGGACGAAAAGGUCAUCAGCGGCUCCAUGCCCAUCGCCGAGUACCUGGAGGAGGCCUACCCGCAGCCCCGCCUCCUGCCCAGCGAUCCGUACCUCAAGGCACUGGACAGAAGCUUUCUGGACGUGGCAUUACCCUGUACAACUCUGAUUGGCAGCAUCUCGUUGAAGAGGGGAUCGAAGGAAGAGCACUGGGCCAACUUUGUCAAGAAGAUUGCGCUGUUUGAGAAAGAGCUUGGCAAGAGGAAGACGACUUACUUCGGAGGCGACCAGCCGGGUCUGGUGGACUACGUGAUCUGGCCCACAUUUUCAUUUGCUCGCGCCUUCAGCACGCUGUACCCCGAGCUCAAGAUGCCGGCUGCCGAGGAGUUCCCGCUCUUCUCGCGCUGGCUGCAGGCCAUGCGUGAGGACCCGGUGGUCAAGGCCAUCAUAAACGAGGACCACGUGUUGCUCUACGCCAAGAGUAGCAUAGACGGCGAACGAGACUACAACGCUGGACUCCAGAAGUAGGACGUCGCGUCGUGUCGUUGAUGUCCCUGUGCACGUGCAGGUUAUGCAGCUGCCGCCCCACUUAUCUGGAACGCGGCAACGGGGCUUUCCACAGCGUGGUGGCGAGAAUCAAUUGAGCCCACCGGGAGGGAAUUUCCUGGCGGGCUCGAAAUGACGUAACAUUCCGCACAUGAGAGUGAUAGAGGUAGAAUUUAUAUGAAGGAAGCUAUACAGAGGUCUGCAUAAGUGGGCGAGCUCUAGCUUUCUAUGAACAAUGGGGGGGGGGGGGGGGGCAGUGCCCAGUGUUGAUACAUAUGUAUCUAUGUAGGGGUUGUUGAACGGGCCAGAUAAUAAAUGAGUGAAAAUUAUGCUCACAACAUUGCGGCAUUCUUUGCUUUAUUGCCCGGCAAUUUCGGUCGGUGGCCCGACCUUCCUCAGUGGUUACAGGCAAAUCGUCGGACAAUAAUUGUUGGGCAAUAAAGCAGAUUACCACGAAGCUGUAUAUAUCCCAAAGCCUCCACGACAGUCCGCAGAGCACAGCUCUGGCGAUAUACGUAUAGGUGCAGUGAGCGCUUUACACUCUUCAUUUUAAGUACGUAGGCCGUUUAACGCGUUACCGGAGCUCUCUCCUUGCGGUGACCAACCUAUAUGGGUCACGCUUGUUUUCCUGCUCGAUGCUCGUACGCUUACAGCAGGACUGGUUACUUCACGUGCAUACACUCCGUUUCGUACAUCAGGCUCAACGCUGUGGAAGUUACGCAAGAAGUACGGUCACCAAAAUGUAUCACUCCGCGCGUUCUGUCUAUGCUUCGCUGCGCGCCAGCGGCGUUUGCUCGCGCGAGCUUGGACGUGAGGCUGCCGUGACGAGCAGCAAUUAAAAAGCAAUGAAAAGCAAAUUGAUAUAAAACAACGUGUUAGCAGCCGUAUGAGUACAUGGUUUGUUUGCUUCUAAGGGUAAAGUCAUUUUUUUUUUUUGGUUCAAAACUGACCACAUAUAAAGAACAUUUUCGCAAAAAUCGGCCAAUAAACACCCAACUACUUCUAAGUGCGAACGCAGCCACUGCAAAAAGUAUCUGUAGCCUUCACAGCGUUGCAUCUGAUGUAUGAAACGGAGUAUAGGAAAAGUGCAGAAAGCAGCCAGCCCACUGGCAUCACGACGCGUCUCCCGAAUGCCGUGACCGGAUAGACAGUAUGUUUCACGUACACCGGAGAAGCUUUGCGCACGCAAACAUGAGUUCUACGAACAUGAGAGUUCUACAGUUUCUGCGUACGUGAAAUUAACACUGUCUAAUAAGUGGCCGGCGUGCUUUUAGAUAUCGACUCGAUUCAAAGCGAUGUGAUGUUCAGCGACGGUGGUGAGCGAACGCUCACUGCAUAAAUACGUGUUUCUGUUUGUGAACGCACGUGUUACUUAAUCCAUUGCAACAACC